AUGAAUCGUUAUCGAAAUGCCCCCGGCAUGAGGGGCCCUACAAAGGCGACUGCUUCUACUCUUUGCCAGAAAUGCUUGAAACGAGGGCACUAUAGUUAUGAAUGCAAAGCCACCGCUCAAGAGCGACCCUAUAUGGCUCGUCCGUCUCGUACUCAGCAACUACAAAACCCGAGACUACGUCCGCAGCUUACGACGGAUGUCCCAGAAGAUGCCAAACGCACGGAGGGUACUGCAGACUCUCUACUGGCGCAACGCGAGCAAGAGCGCGGUCGUAAAAGAGAUCUUCAUGAAUUAGACCCUCUGGACAACCGUGGUCAGGCGUCAAAGCGGUCUCGGUCAAUAUCAUCGCAUUCUGCGAGCUCCGUGUCUACGAUCUCUACAAACCGGUCACGCUCACGGUCACCCCGACGUGAACGGUACGACGAGAGAAGGGGAGAAACAGGGUCGAAAUCACAAGAAGCCCAGUCGUGGUCAAGAAAGAGGCGACAUAGCAAUUCAUCUUCUGGUUACUCGGUUUCGUCGAAUUCAUCCAGAGAGAGAUCGCACACACGUUCACCGGGAAGGAACAUUCGGCGAAGGCGUCGCGAAUCGAGUCCGAAGGAACGAGGUCGGGCUCGCAGCCUUUCGCGUGAUGGAAGUCGCAGAGAGAGAAGUCGCAACCAUGACAUGGACAAAGGCCGAGGUACAAGGGGGAGACGGUCUAUGAAUGGGGAGACCGACCUCGACCAAGGCUAUGCAAAGCAGUCAUCUUCGAUGAACCAACCAAACACAUCCCACGACGAACGAGGACUAGAUGAAAGGAAUCGCGCUCCGCCGCCUCGACGCGAGCGAAGUCUCAGUCCUUAUAGCAAGCGAAUUGCUUUGACACAAGCCAUGAAUAUGGGCCGUUAA